AUGAUGAAUGAAGAUAACUUCCGCUCGUGUCCAUACAACAAAUCGCAUCGUAUUGCUAGAAAAGGUUCGAGGUUCCAAAAACAUCUUUGUAUUUGUCCUGACAAGACACCGGACUUUGAAAUUUGUCCCUAUAACGCCAGCCACAGAGUUUUAAAGACUGACCUUUUGGAGCAUAUGAAAAAAUGUGACACCGCAUACGCGGCAUUACCUCCUGGUAUUGGUUUAAACGAUUUCACAUCUAAACAUGAUGAUAAUGAAUUUCUUGGCAAUGAACCUAGAGCUGGUGAAAUGUUGCAAUCAUUUGAUAAGAAUAAUUCAACUCCGUCCUUGCCACCAUCCAGGCAGUCGGUUUCUGGAAUACCACAAACACAGUUUAAAAUUGUUAGAAUCUCAGACGCUCACAAUAAUCAUGAUGAGGAUAGUGAUGAAUUUUGGGAUAAUUAA